CCUUUUAAAAUGAAUAACAUAAAGACCACCAAUCAAUGUUUCAUUUCAUAAGUCGUCUUUGCUUCACCUGCUCAGUUUCUUUGUGUGAACAUACAAAGCUUUGAAUUUUCUCUCUUCAUUUGCCAAAUUCAAUCAAUUCUUUGAACUAUGUCAUCUUAAAAUUACCUCAAGAACCCAAAAUAUCAUGGUUUCUCUCAUAAUUUUCCCUCAAAUUUGUGAAGAUCACUAGUGAUUUUCCCAGUCAACUCAACAACCAACCUCCAACCAAACAAAGUUUUGCUAAAUCAUUGCUAUUUUUUCAACUGGGUGUCUCCCAAAUUGAUUAAAGAUUCCAUUUUCCCAACUGGGUCUCUCUCACUUGAUCAAAGUUUCCAUUUUUACAACUGGGUUUUGCUUAAUUUCCAGCUGGGUCUCUCCCAAAUUGAUUAAAGAUUCCAUUUUCACAACUGGGUUUUGCCCAAUUCCCAACUGGGUCUCACUCAAUUUGAUCAAAGUUUCCAUUUUUACAACUGGGUUUUGCUCAAUUUCCAAAAGGGUCUCUCUCAAUUUGAUUAAAAAAUAUAUCUUACUUUCCCAACUGGGUUUUGCUCCAUUUUCCAACUGGGUAUCUCUCAAUUUGAUCAAAGCUUCCAUUUUUACUACUGUGUCUCUCUCAAUUUGAUCAAAGUUUCCAUUUUUACAACUGGGUUUUGCUCAAUUUCACUCUAAAUUUGAUCAAAAAUUCCAUUUUUCCAACUGGGUAUCUCUAAAUUUGACCAAAGAUUUCUUUUUUAUCUCUCAAAUUGAUCAAAGUUUCCCUUUUCCCAACUGGGUUCUGCUCAAUUUCCAACUUAGUCAUUAAAGAAUCCAUUUUCCCCAAAUGGAUCAUCAAAAAGAAGCCUUAAUCAAUGAGCUAACUGAGUUAAUCGACGUCGUUUCUGGUUUACCGGAGUGUCGAUCAGUAUCUAAAAGGAUGUACAGUAAUUUAGUGAGAAGGGUGAAACUUUUAAGCCCUUUAAUUGAAGAUUUAAAAGAUAGUGAUGUUGAAGUUGAAGAUGAUGUUGUUAAUGGACUUGUGUUGUUGAAAUUUGCUCUUAAUUCAGUUUUGGAACUUCUUAAAUCUGUUAAUGAAGGCAGUAAGAUUUUACAGGCUCUGCAGAUCGACAAUAUAUCGUUAAGGUUCCUAAAAGUAACGGAGCAAAUUGAAGAUGCACUAAGCCAAAUUCCUUACCAUAAGCUUGAUAUAUCCGAGGAAGUUCGAGAACAAAUUGAACUUGUGCAUGCUCAAUUUAAAAGAGCAAAAGGAAAGAUGGAGUCACCCGAUGUGCAACUGGUAAUAGAUUUAGCUAUGGCACAAAGGGAACAAGAUCCCGACCCUAUGAUUUUUAAACGGCUGUCCGAGAAGCUUCAGCUCAGGACCAUAAAUGAUCUAAAGAAGGAGUCGCUUGCCAUCCAUGACAUGGUCAUUUCUAGCGGUGGAGAUCCCGAAGAGUGUUUUGAAACAAUUUCAUUCCUCCUUAAAAAGCUAAAGGACUGUGCAAUGACGGAGAAUCCUGAAAUGGAUGCCCAUGAGGGUGAUAAGAGUUUGAUGAAACACAGAUCUCCGGUCAUUCCAGAUGACUUCCGUUGUCCAAUAUCACUUGAGUUGAUGAAAGAUCCUGUUAUUGUAUCUACCGGACAGACCUAUGAAAGGUCUUGCAUCCAAAAAUGGCUGGAUGCAGGACACAAGACCUGCCCUAAGACUCAGCAAACGUUGUUGCAUACGGCAUUAACUCCGAACUACGUUUUGAAGAGCCUGAUUGCCUUGUGGUGUGAGAACAAUGGUGUUGAACUGCCUAAAAACCAAGGAACUUGUAGGAAUAAAAGAUCUGGAGCUGGUGGUUCGGACUGUGAUCGUGCUGCUAUUGAUUCGUUGUUAACAAAACUUGCUAAUGGUAAUCCGGAGCAGCAAAGAGCAGCUGCUGGUGAGCUCCGUUUGCUUGCCAAAAGAAAUGCUGAUAACAGAGUCUGCAUUGCCGAAGCUGGUGCGAUUCCUCUGCUUGUCGAACUGCUAUCGUCAUCAGAUUCUCGUACUCAGGAGCAUGCUGUCACCGCACUCCUUAACCUAUCCAUAAAUGAAGGUAACAAGGGAACUAUUGUAAAUGCUGGUGCGAUACCCGACAUAGUAGAUGUGCUAAGAAAUGGAAGCAUGGAAGCAAGGGAAAACGCAGCUGCUACCCUUUUCAGUUUAUCAGUGGUUGAUGAAAACAAAGUGGCAAUAGGAGCUGCUGGUGCUAUCCCAGCACUUAUUGAUUUGCUCUGUGUGGGAACUCCAAGAGGAAAAAAGGAUGCAGCCACUGCUAUAUUCAACCUCUCGAUCUAUCAAGGAAACAAGGUGCGGGCAGUACGGGCGGGAAUUGUGCCACCACUAAUGAGAUUGCUCAAGGAUCACGGGGGUGGAAUGAUGGAUGAAGCACUUGCUAUAUUGGCAAUACUUGCAAGUCAUCAAGAGGGUAAAGCAGCUAUCGGUCAAUCUGAGCCGAUCCCGAUCUUAGUUGAGGUAAUUAGGACAGGUUCUCCUCGGAACCGAGAAAAUUCUGCAGCUAUUUUGUGGUCUCUAUGUACUGGUGAUGUACAGAACUUAAAGGUAGCUAGGGAUCUCGGAGCAGAAGAGGCACUAAAGGAAUUGUCAGAGAAUGGAACAGAUAGAGCUAAAAGAAAAGCCGGAAGUGUUUUGGAACUUCUCCAACGAGUCGAUGUAGUUGAUUCAUGACACUAUAUAUAUUGAAGUAGAUGUGUGAAUCUUGAAGGAUUAAUUCUGCCUGAGUACUUCAUGGAGGUCAGACAAUCCAGUAAUUAUACGCGCAUGUCUAUGUAUGUACACAAGAAAUGGAACUGGACCACACUUGUGACACGCGGACGGGGAAAGAUCCCUUUAUAAAGUCAACAAUCUUUUUCUCUAUAUGUAUGUUUUCACUUCUUUUUGACAGCUUGGUCCAGGGUUAAAGGGUUGUUUCUUUCAAAACAGUGUUUGUAGCUGUAUAAUGUUAUUGUUUAUACUUUCCACUUAGUGUUUGAUUAUGGAAGCACUGUCACUUUCCACUUUUGAUGAUGAGAAAUGAAGAAAAUCUGUGUUUUUCUUA